AUGAGGACUUCAGAAGGAUUGCAGAAGCAAAGACAAGCUAGAGAACCUCCUUCAUCUCCGAGCAAUGUCAAUACUGCAGUGGAAACCUGGUUAGAGGAUCCCCUGGGCAGACUGUUAGCUCUGUACAAAAGGAAAGAACCUUACAGAGAGUGGAGUCCAGUUUCUCCAAACAAGUUGAAAGCUCUUCCUGAGAGGAACAUUGUAAUCUUUGAAGCUAAAUCAACCUGUCAUCCAAUGGAUUUGAAUGGGAAAGAGGUAGUCAAGGGGGCUUCAAUAGAGAUUAAACAGAGAGAAAGGGAAAACAUCAUUCUAACUGAUAAGAAAGAAAUAACCCAAAAGGAACCAGAGGUUCCAGCCUUAGUAAAAAAGACUUGGAAGAGGAAUUUACAGAAAAAAAAGGGUUACUCAGAAGCAGUGGAACUUCUAUCUUGGAGGAAAAAAAUCUGUUCUUCUAAGACACAAAAGCAUCAGGAGGGGGAUUGUGCAAACCUUGUUUAG